CAAAUUUACCCCUCCCACGAAAUCACUCCACCAUUGUCAAGAGCAACAGCUGCACUUUCAAAUUCUGGAUUAAGAUCAUAGUCUGUACUUAUCCACGCCACAACAACUCAGCUACAAAGGAAGUGCCCAUCUUUUCAGCUCAAAACCCCGAUCCAACACCCAUCUCAAGAGUCACACCAAGCUUAUACCCCAAAAAUGCUCCUCCUAGAAGUUGAACGCAAAUUCCGUCGCCUGGCUGUCGACAAACUCCACCUCAACAGCGGCCACCCACCCUUCCACAACCUCCUCUACCGCGGUCAGCAAACUAUCCACGAUACCUACUACGACUCCGCCAACUUCCUCUCGACCCGAGGCGUCUGGGUCCGCCGACGCAACAACAACUGGCAGGCUAAGAUCCGACGCGGCGGGAACUUCUCCAACUCCAAGUUCGAAGAGCUCUCCACGCCCGCCGCCAUUUCUGCCUAUCUGGCCGAGCUCACGGGCGGAAUGCGAACCGACGCGACGAACCAGUUUGGGCUGACACCGCUGGCGUCCUUUACGACACUACGCGAGAGCUGGACCGCGGACAACGAAUUUACUAUCGUGCAGGAUGUCACGGACUUUGGGCAUACCGUCGGGGAGGUGGAGCUGGAAUUGCGGUGGGACUGCAGGGAUGAUCAUACAGAGAGUGAGGGGGAACGGUGCAGAGCGGCGAAGAUGGCCGAGAUGGAUGAACGGAUUACGGUGUUUAUGAGACGAUACUUUUGGGCGUUUUGUGCAGGUGUGCCCAAGGGGAAGUUGACGGCUUACUUUGAGAGGGGGCUUGGGAAGUAAGGCCAAUUAUAAUUCUUGCGGUUUGUGGGUGCGGUGUGUUUGGGUAUUAUGGAUUGCUUUGGGGCGCUGGAAGUUGGAACUUGGGAUGUCUUCUGUUUCAUGGUUUUUGUUUCCAGGCUUGUGUAGAGUACAGAGUAUGUGAGCUUUGCAGUGUGAUCCGAUCUCCUCUCUAUGCUUUGUGGUACAGCAUGAUGCCCAUCCUGGAUU